AACGAAGUCGUUUUGAACAAGUAUAUAUUGGAACCACCAGUCUCCCAACCUUCCUCGACUCUCUGCUGCCCGCGUCUCCAGGAUUCAAGCUCUCAUCUUCAUCAGUUAUGCUGCCGGUACUGAAUGUGAACUGACUUCUUCUCUCUUCAAACAUGUCAUUAUCACGGCUUUGUAGAAGAGCCAUUCCUUUGCUCAAGAGCUCACAGCAUUUACCUCUCGAGUCCAGAUGCAUUACCCAGUAUCAUUUAAAUUGCAGUAGUACUGUAUACCAGAGGCAUUUUGGCCAUGAUGGCAUGUCACACCCCAAAUUAGGCUCAAUUAACAAGCGUGCUCAGCAUCAAUCCUUUGCUGCUCAAUCUCUGUUGAAAAUCCAGCGACUCUAUUCUACUCAGGCCGCCACACAAGAGAAAUCACGCAAAACGCUAGUGUACCUAAUGGGAUUGGUUUUUGCAAUGGUUGCAGCCAGUUAUGCAGCAGUUCCUCUCUACAGAAGAUUCUGCCAAGCUACUGGGUAUGGUGGCACUAUACAACGCCGUGAGAGUGUUGAACAGAAGAUCGCACGACAUGCCAAGGAUGGCACAGUCACCAAAAGAGAGAUUGUGGUACAAUUCAAUGCUGAUGUGGCUGAUGGAAUGCAAUGGAAGUUUAUUCCUACGCAAAGAGAGGUAAGGGUCAAACCUGGUGAAAGUGCACUAGCUUUUUACACCGCUGAAAAUCGAAGUUCAACUCCAAUAGUUGGCGUGUCUACAUACAAUGUUACACCCAUGAAGGCCGCAGUUUACUUCAAUAAAAUACAGUGCUUUUGCUUUGAGGAGCAGCGCCUUCUUCCUGGGGAGCAGAUUGAUAUGCCUGUGUUCUUUUAUAUCGACCCCGAGUUUGAAACAGAUCCACGAAUGGAUGGUAUCAAUAACAUAAUUUUGUCCUAUACCUUCUUCAAGGUUUCGGAGGGAUAAAACUUAACAUCCUUCAUACUAUUG